AUGUCUUCUAAAAUUACAACUCCAGAGGCAAAUAAUCUUGAUAAUUAGAUAUAACAUUUAUACUAAUGCAAACCUCUUCCUGAAUAAGAUGUCAAACUAUUAUGUGAAAAGGUUUAAUUUUUUAACAAAUUAUAUUUUUCUUUUAUAGGCAAAAGAAGUUUUAAUUGAAGAAUCAAAUGUAUAACCUGUCAGAGCUCCAGUGAUCAUAUUUGGUGACAUUCAUGGGCAAUUCCAUGAUCUGAUGGAAUUAUUCAAAAUAGGUGGUAAAGCACCAGUAAUGAAUCAUUUUCAAUUAAGGAUACAAAUUAUUUAUUCAUGGGUGAUUAUGUAGAUAGAGGACAUCAUUCAGUUGAAUGUGUUACUUUACUUGUUUUAUUAAAAGUAUUAUACAUAUAAUAAUAAUUAGAUUCGUCAUAGAGAUAGAAUUACAAUCUUAAGAGGAAAUCAUGAAUCAAGAUAAAUAACAUAAGUUUAUGGUUUCUAUGAUGAAUGUUCAAGAAAGUAUGGUAAUAGUAAUGUAUGGAAAUACUUCACUGAACUCUUUGAUUACUUACCCUGAACUGCAGUUGUUGAAUCUCAAGUAUUUUAUCAAAUAAUUCAACAGUUUUUCUGUCUACAUGGUGGUAUAUCACCUUCAAUUGACACUUUGGAUCAUAUUCGAUAGUUAGAUAGAGUUUAAGAAGUACCUCAUGAAGGACCAAUGUGUGAUUUAUUAUGGAGCGAUCCUGAUGAUAGAUCUGGAUGGGGAAUAUCUCCAAGAGGGGCUGGAUAUACUUUUGGAUAAGAUAUCUCUGAAUAAUUUAAUCAUAAUAACAAAUUAAAGAUGAUUGCAA